GUGGGGAGGGAGCAGAAUCCGAGGGCAGGGAGAUAGGGGACCACACGGUCCCCAUGGUGGGGGGGCCCCUCCCCUUCGAGGGCGGGGGCGCAGCUCCCGGCGGCCUCGCGGCUCCACGUAGGAGCUGGCUCCGGCUGCCGGCUGUGGUCAGGGCCAUCGCAUAAAUAGGGCGGGAGACGGAGCACUGAAGACUUGCCGCUGCCCCCAGCCCCGGCCCCAGGCGUCCCGGCCAUGGCCCGCCCGAUCGUCUUGCUCAGCCUCGGCCUCCUGGCCGGCCUGCUGCCGGCGCUGGCCGCCUGCCCCCAGAACUGCCACUGCCACGGUGACCUGCAGCACGUCAUCUGCGACAAGGUGGGGCUGCAGAAGAUCCCCAAGGUGUCCGAGAAGACCAAGCUGCUCAACCUCCAGCGCAACAACUUCCCCGUGCUGGCUGCCAACUCGUUUCGGGCCAUGCCGAACCUCGUGUCGCUGCACCUGCAGCACUGCCGCAUCCGCGAGGUGGCCGCGGGUGCCUUCCGCGGCCUCAAGCAGCUCAUCUACCUGUACCUGUCCCACAAUGACAUCCGCGUGCUGCGCACCGGCGCCUUCGACGACCUGACCGAGCUCACCUACCUCUACCUGGACCACAACAAGGUGACCGAGCUGCCCCGGGGGCUGCUCUCUCCGCUGGUCAACCUCUUCAUCCUGCAGCUCAACAACAACAAGAUUCGCGAGCUGCGCCCAGGCGCCUUCCACGGCGCCAAGGACCUGCGCUGGCUCUACCUGUCGGAAAACUCCCUCAGUUCCCUGCAGCCCGGCACUCUGGAGGACGUGGAGAACCUCGCCAAGUUCUACCUGGACAGGAACCAGCUGUCCAGCUACCCCUUGGCUGCUCUGAGCAAGCUGCGGGUGGUGGAGGAUCUGAAGCUGUCCCACAAUCCCCUGAAAAGCAUUCCCGACCAUGCCUUCCAGUCUUUCGGCAGAUAUCUGGAGACCCUCUGGCUGGACAACACCAACCUGGAGAAGUUCUCUGAUGGUGCCUUCCUGGGUGUGACCACGCUGAAACAUGUCCAUCUGGAGAACAAUCGCCUGAACCAGCUGCCUUCCAGCUUCCCCUUUCACAGCCUGGAGACCCUCACCCUCACCAACAACCCCUGGAAAUGUACCUGCCAGCUCCAGGGACUGCGGAGGUGGCUGGAAGCCAAGACCUCCCGCCCUGAUGCCACUUGCGCGUCGCCCGCCAAGUUCAGGGGCCAGCACAUUCGUGACACGGACGCCUUCCGCGGCUGCAAGUUCCCCACUAAGAGGUCCAAGAAAGCCGGCCGCCAUUAAACAGGUAUGGCCUGGUGGGCAGGUCCCCCAUUCCCUCUCUAGAGAUUCUGGAAGUGAGGAGGGUGUCUCAGGAUACUUCGCCACCAUGAAAGGGCAUGCAGACCCUCCAUGUUUGCAGGGAGAGGAGGGGAGGACUGGGGCUCCCCCUCUAAGGGGGAAAAUGAUGCUGCCCAGGACCACCACCAUUCUCUCCAAACACUGUCUAGGUUGUUGGAGUCCUGACACCAAUCCUCGCCUCACCGCAGGUCCUGACCCAGCCGGUCCUGGUGACUGGUCUCUGCCUUCUGCCGGAGAAACUACUGAUCCUCCCACCUCUGACCCCCACCUUCUCCCCACAGCCUUUGCUGAUGCACAGAGCUGUCCACACCUAGACAUGUCCUGGCAGGGGACUCGGGCACUGCAGCACAAACCCAGCUCCACCGGACGGUGAGAGCUUCAUCACGCCUGGCCCCACGGCUACGGCUCCUCUCAGAGAAGCCGUUGCUGAGACCCCCCAAGUCCUUUAGAACCGG